AACAAAAACAAAACAAUCGUCUUGCCCCGCAGACUCUUCUGGCGUAAGAACGGGGGGGGGGGGUGGUGGAGGAGGAGGAGGAGGGGGGUAGUCGCCUCUCCUGCGGUGGCCCCACCCGCGAUGGGGGACUUGGCGGGAGGACCCGGAGGCCCCCCCCCCCCCCCAUCUGGACCCGGCCGCUGGCUCCACCGCCGCCACCUCCAGAGCCCGAGGGGUUGUGUUUCUCGUACGAAACGACGAACACACGAACACAGCCAUUGUGUCGCCGGCCUCGGAGCGCCGGUUCAUCUGUUGACUCGCUUUUUCCUCCCCUCACAGGAAAACGCAGACACGCGACAAAAACCCCCACGGUUGUGUGAAAUGCGUAACUCUGUAGCAUUAACCUGCCUGUAAAGCUAUCCCAAACUAUAAUUUUAAUUGACUCUUGGUCGCACCUGCUUUGCUCACCGGCAGUGAAGAACACUUAUCGCAAAGACUGAAAUUUUGAAAGGGCCACUGCGCACACUCAUAGACUCGCUGACUUGUAGCCGUAACGCCUCUAAAGCAGCGGCGGUUGCUGCGUCUCUAGUGCCGCAGAGGAGGAAGCGGCGGUUACUUUCGCCUUUUUGGCGUGCAAACUGUUAAGCGUCCGCAUUAAAAAGGGCAAGAGAAGUAGUCACGAUCACCUCAAACCCAGCAUCAAGAUCACCACCGAUUCAUUUGUGGCGGCUGAACGCUUAGGCGAGACGUCACACUAAAGGUCCUAAGCGUUCCCCGCUCGCUCCACUGACUCUGUCCUGAUUGACUGAACUGUGGGCUCGCGGGCUUAGCUCAGGCAGUCUCGUCGCUUGCCGAUUCCUCCCUGAACCAUUCAACAGGUAUAACGAACGAACGUGCAUUCACCAAAAUUAACAUCAUGACGUCGUUUCCUCUGAAAAUUUUCUGUGGCUCGUGUUGGAUGUACGUAGAGACGGUCUCUGUGGUUUAAGUUCCUGAAGGUGCAGAUCUAUUUGUGUGUGUGUGUGGGAAUUUUAAGUGGGCAGGGGCUGCACGUUUGACCACUUCAUUUAAAAAUAAUAAUCUCGUCGCAUUGUUUAAUGAUAGACUUUGUUGAAUGAGUUGUUCAAUCAGCCAGUGGUGCCAAACACCUGUUAAUUGUCCUGAUCAGGAACAUUACCGAUUAAUUUUAUUAAUUAGGGUUGCUUACCUCGUUAAUUAAAUGUAAAUGCUGUCGGUAUAAGUUUUUCAAGAGGGAAGUGGUGAAACGUGUAGAUGUGGGUGCUUGUAAGUGGCGAUCGUGAGUCAGUACUAAGAAUGCUUGCAUUUAUGUAGAUAAUUAUAAGUACGAUUUUUCUUAAGUUGGCAUGUUUUAUGUUUUUUUUAUUUCACCUUUUAUUGCAGCUGGAAAACAUCUACCGAGUAAUUGCACUUGUUGAGGGAUUAAUGGUUAAAAAAACUAAUUAGAGUCUCAGUUAAAACUGUAAAAACAUUUUAAAGGAAGUUUUAUCAUUCAAGUUGCUAGUGUAAUGUGUGAGGGGUAUGUGCAUGUCUUCUGUUUUAAUGGGAGCGGUGACACAGUUGUUAGCGCACUACGUUACGAACCCGGCGACCCGAGUUCGAUUCCCACUUGUGACCUAUAACUGUGGUGAACAUGUGAACUAGUCCUGAGCCUCCCCAAGGUCGACUCGGCCUUAAAUGAGUACCUGGUGUGAAGUGUAAGCAUCAGCACUGGGGAGACGUAGGCGGCCGGGCGUGGUGUUGGCCACCCACCCUCGUGCGCCGUGCCGGCCUUCAUUGGUACUCGCUAAGAGCAAUUGCCCCAACAGUCUGUUAAAGGCUACGCGGGGGAUUUUUGAUGUUUGUGUUUUGUGGCACCGCGUGUUUGCUGUACAUCACAAUGUGGAUAAAUGCAGUCACAGUAAUCUCUCCCGUGAAGGCGAUGUAACAUUAUGGUACACACUUGUAAGAUCCUCUCAGUCAUAAUUGACAGCCAUUUGUUGCAAGAAGGCCUCCCCAUGCCAAGUCGGGCAUGGGGGGGUUGUAUUCCAUUGUAUGUAAGAUCUACUUUCUAAAGAGUCGCGUAAAUUGGAGCAAGGGGUAGUCAAACUCACGUUAACGUGUUGCGCUGUUUAACCAUCUGUGCUGCAGAGUAUUAACUCGUCCCAUUAAUAUUGUCAAAAGAAAAAGUACGAAUCGUACAAAGUUAAAUCUCCACCUGCUUUUUUUUUUUUUCUCGAUGCAGGCAGUUAAAACGAAAAUGUUGUCUGGGCUGAAACGUAGCCGUGCUUGAGUUUUAAUUUUGUGACGGGCUGCACCAAGCGCGGACGAUAGAUUACCGCUGCGAUCGCCCGGCCAAGGCAUGCAUUGCCUGUCGACUAAUCUCAGAAUCGGAAUUUCUAUUUAUUCUGGAGGAAUCCGAUGAGUUGUAAAGCUCUUUUCCAUGACAUGUCUCUUCCCUCUACGAGGGCUAGCGAGAACCCCCUCCACACCCCCCUUUGCCGCGUUUGUGUUUUUCGCCUUUGCCGAGUGCCGUGCCGACUGUUGUUUGCAGCCAAACGGGCAAGAAACUCAUGUCGAAGUGCCGCAUGUUAAUCCAGGAGAACCAGGAGUUGGGUCGGCAGCUGUCGCAGGGGCGCGUUGCGCAGCUCGAAGCCGAGCUGGCGCUCCAGAAGAAGUACAGCCAGGAGCUCAAGAGCGGCCAGGACGAGCUCAACGACUUCAUCAUCCAGCUGGAUGAGGAAGUGGAGGGCAUGCAGAGCACCAUCCUGGUGCUGCAGCAGCAGCUCAAAGAGGCACGGCACAAGUUGCAGCAGGUGUCCGCGCCUGCGCCCGGCACCGGCGGGCCAACGACCCACGGCCCAGCCGCCUGUCAGAGCCCGCUGACCACCGCCGCCGCCGCCUCCUCCUCCGCUGCGGACGGUCCGUCCCCCACGCCGCCGCCGCCUCCGCCACCCAACGCAACUGCGGCCCGCGCGCCGUCGGAGUCGCGCUCCAGCCCCGGGCGCUCGCCGGCGCGGCUCUCGGAAGCCAGCGCCCACGGGGCCUCCGACGCCGACAGAGACUUCUCUCCGCCGCCCUCCCCGGAUGACGGCUCCGGCUGCGCCGGCGGCUCGUCGGACCGGGCCGGGGAGCUGCGUUCGUGCUCUCCGGCCGAGGGGACGUCCUCGCGCGAGCCCGGCGGCAGCGGCGGCGGCGGCGGCGCCGGCGGGGGUGCCGGUCGGAUGGAGACGGAGUGCGCCGAGAGCCCUGGAGAGGGCGGCGGCGGCGACAGCCGCGUAGCGUCGGCGGAGCAUCCGUCGGCGUCGCCGGACACGGCGAGCGGGCCCCAGCAGUCGCCGGAGCAGUCGAACGGCGUGUGCGUCGCCAGCAGCAGCACGGCGGCGCGGCCCCGCUCGGCCGACAGCGCCGGCGGCGCCACGGAGCCCGCGGCCUCCUCGCCGCUUGACAAGGAGGAGGACGACGACGACGAUGACGACGACGACGAGGAGGAGGAGGACAUGGAGACGGGCGGCGCCGGGAGCGUGCGUGGGAACCACCUGGCGGAGGAGCGCGGGGGCGGCGUGAGCAGCAGCGGCGGCGUGGUGAAGGGGUACGAGGACAUCGACUCCCCCGUCGGGAGCGACUCUCCGCGGAGCGGCCCGGCUUCCCCCAAGCCGGCGGGGACCGCGGGUGCCGGAGGGGUGGAGGCGGACACGGCGGGCGGGGCGACGCUCAACGGCUUCGAGCACCCGUCGGACACGGACUCGGACGACGAUGACGACGACGAUGAGGAGGAUGACGAUGACGAGGGAUCGAGCUGAUUGAGCCUUGGCGCCACGGGGGGUAAACGGCGCAUCCCCCACUCCUAUCACCCCUUGUACAGGAAAAAAAAAGAUACGUUACAAAGCACGCUUCUAAAUAUUGUUGGCGAGGAGACGGAUGUUGCGAGCGUUGGUUCGCGUACGGCGUUCUCCCGUUGCCGCGCAGACUCCGUGAUGAUUGCGGCGGUGCGAGGUCGUGUCUGCGCCCGUAGACCGUUUGGUUCUCCAGUGGAAAUUGCUCGUGGCUUGCCAAGCUGAGUCAAGUUAAGUGAGCGGGCUUCACCUGCUUUUUAAUUUGGUGCCGCGGUGGAGAGAUGUUAAAUACCUCGCCUGGUAUAUAAGAGGUCGUGGGUUCGAUCCCGACCCUGACGCUUGUAUACUUGGAGUUUGCAUGUUCUCCCCCUGGUCACCUGGAUUUUUCUCUGGGUCCUCCGGCUUUUCCCUCCACAUUUAGAAACAUGCGUUUAGAUUAUUUGGCUGAAAUACAUUUCCACAUGAUAAGCCACUUCGUUGAGCUAUCAUUUGUGGCCAGGUCGCUUAUGAACAAGAGCUAUAUAGCUCAGUGGGCCAUGCCUGGUCAAAUAAAGUAAAACUAAAUUUCUGUUUAUAUUUUUGUUAAUUUAUGUAACCCGCACGGAGAUCGUUUGCGCUGGCAGAGCGCGAACGAUCUGAUUUUAAGCGCGAGCCCUUCGGCGAGUACACCAUCGUGGUAGCUGCCAACGUGCAACAUCACGACCUUAACGACGUAGCAUUUUGUAAUUUUAAUUCUUUUUUUAAUUAAACCCACGCUGCCACUGAUGGUGGGUUGAGGUGGGCCCUGCAGGGCACGCGGGCGGGUCUGGUGUCACGGGCAGAAGUGCCCGCUACACAGGCAGAGAAGAAGCCUUCUCGGACACAAACACACACGCGUGCACACACAGCAGAGAAACCCACAGUCUAACCGUUGUGUUUGCGUUUUUAUUGUCCCACCGUUUGAAAUGAACGCGUGGAAGGGCGGUGGUUUAACGAGCGUUUGUGGAGGGUGAAGCCGGUGGGUUGUGGUGAAUUGGUGUCAUCCGAGGUGGAGUGAAAUUCGGGGGCGGUGGGACCGCCAUGGGUGGUGGUGUUAACCGUGGCUUCUUCUGAUAAGAGGGCGCCUUUGAUUACCGUCAUGAAAACUGGCGGCAGUUGGCGUGAGAAGGUGUUGCCUUUCUGCUCAGCGUGUCACGAUUCAUCACGUACAGUCGAUUCUUUACACUCCCGAUGCAUGCAUCGAAUUGUGUAGGGAUUUAUGUGUUUGAUGCAAACUAUAUGCCGAUGAGAACUAUAUGCCGAUAUACCUUUAGGGCACAACGACAACUGGACAGUACAAAUGAGACGAAACAUUGUAACAAAUCCUCGUUUAACAACAAUUCUUCGAAUCUCUCGGGUGGUGAUGAAUCAAUAUAGGCGUAACUGAUGUGACGUUGUUAUUGAAAGCGAUCUCCUUCCUUGAACACAACCAUGCCCCUAACUGUGAUUGUUCCAAUUGAGAAUCAUUGGCGUGCCCCCCCCCCCCC